AUGGAUGCAACAAGUGUGCUGGAGAUAACAACAGGCAAAGAACCUAUGAGCAUGACAACCUAUCGUUUGUUUUGCAAAACCAUGAUGUUUUCCGACAAGAGAUAUUACAUCUUCGCUCGCAACUUUCUCAUCAUUUGUUGGAAUCUUAUGUGUCGCGCUGGAAACGCCGAAUCUAUUCACUUCAACGGUUCAACCACAUGUGCUGGAAUGAAGAUCGUCUCCAAACUUUCUUUUGCCCACUCGAAAACAGAUCAGAGCGGUGACAAGCCUGGAGACCCCAACAGACUCUAUGCAAAUCCAGUCCAUCCAGAGAUCUGUCCCAUAUUGGCAUUGGGAAUUUAUUUGCUUUUGCUAUCUACCAGAUGA